UCAGAGGACCUUUUUUUUUCAUCCACUUGCGCCUCCUUUAUUUUUUUUACUUGUCUCGUUACCAUGAAAGCGCUCAUUCUCGUUGGAGGUUUCGGCACUCGUCUUCGUCCUUUGACCCUCACUCUGCCCAAGCCCCUCGUGGAGUUUGCCAACAAGCCCAUGAUCCUUCAUCAGAUUGAACAUCUUGCCAAGGCGGGCGUGACAGAUAUUGUGCUGGCCGUCAAUUAUCGUCCUGAAAUUAUGGUGGCAGCUUUACAGCAAUAUGAAAAGCAGUUUGGUAUCAAGAUUACGUUUUCGGUGGAAACGGAACCUCUUGGCACGGCGGGACCUUUGGCUUUGGCACGAGACAUUUUGGCCAAGGAUGACAGUCCAUUCUUUGUUCUGAACAGCGACGUCAUUUGUGAUUACCCAUUCGAACAAUUGAGAGAUUUCCAUUUGGGUCACGGCAACGAAGGCACCAUUGUGGUUACCAAAGUGGACGAUCCUUCCAAAUAUGGUGUAGUGGUGAAUCAAAAUGGAUCGACUAAAAUAGAACGAUUUGUCGAAAAGCCCAAGGAAUUCAUCAGCAACAAAAUCAAUGCCGGUCUUUACAUUUUGAGUCCCUCGGUCUUGAAUCGAAUUGAACUCAAGCCUACCUCGAUUGAAAAAGAAGUGUUUCCCCACGUUGCCAAUGACGGUCAGUUGCAUACCUUUGAUCUGGAAGGAUUCUGGAUGGAUGUCGGUCAGCCAAAGGACUUCUUGACCGGUACCUGUCUUUACUUGGCUCAUUUGGCCAAGAAGAACUCCCCCGAGCUUGCUGGCGUCGAUUGCGAUUUCGUGCACAAGGGAAAUGUCAUGAUCCAUCCCAGUGCCAAGAUUGGCAAGAAUUGCCGUAUUGGACCGAACGUCGUGGUUGGACCGGAUGUUGUGAUUGGUGAUGGUGUGCGUCUGCAACGCUGUGUUAUCCUUGAAGGGGCUAAAAUUAAAGACUUUGCUUGGGUGAACUCGAGUAUCGUGGGCUGGCAUUCCUCGGUCGGUCGUUGGUCACGGUUGGAAGGCUGCUCCGUUCUGGGAGACGAUGUCACCAUCAACGAUGAAAUUUACGUGAACGGAGGCUCCAUCUUACCACACAAGGCCAUCUCCUCUAAUAUCACUGAACCUCAAAUUAUCAUGUAAAUACGCCCUCUUUCUUUUAAUAACUCCCCUCAUCUAAUCGUAAUAGCCUGUUCUACUUCCCGUCUUCCUUUAUUUCUGCGAUCUACAUCAUCUCUCCUUUUGUUUGUGCUGCUUGUUCUUUCUUUUUUUCUUUUUCUUUUCAGCAAAAUCGAAGCCACCAUGCAAUGCAAGAUACACCUACAUGUCCUGCAUUUAUAUAUAGAGAAAAUAAAUCGUAC